GAACUGUGCAACUGAGAACUUUUUCAGUGAAUAUAAAAAAACUUUUGUUGAAAAAAUAUUUUUUUUUAAGUGCCCGCAGGAUGUUCGCUAAGGAAGCUGUAUUUUGUAUCGCUGUGAGCGUAGUUGCAGUAUGCGGUGCCCCCACUGAAGAUGGCAAAUGGAAUCCCUACAAAUACGGAGACAGUGGCAAGUACAUUCCAACAGACGAAGGAAAGUACAUCCAUAUACCAAACCCAUACAUCCACAUUGACAACCCUUACGAUGGAGGUUACGGACCGUACUCACACGAUUAUGAACCUUAUGUCGGUGAAGCUACAGUCGAUCAGUACCGACAUGUGCUGACGCCUCCCGAUGAGCUUCUGCCGUUCUACAAAGAAGGCUACUACAAGAACAACGGCAUCAAGAUCAUCAGGCAAAAGCACAACUAUGACGAAGACAAAUACGACUUCGAUUUUGAAACCGAAAACAAAAUUCGAGCUGAAGAGAAGGCUUUCAUCAAGAAUCCCAACACAAUCGACGAAGGUAUUGCGUCUAAAGGUUUUUACGAAUACAUCGGUCCCGACGGUUUCCUUUACCAUGUGGACUACACUGCUGACGAAAACGGUUUUCGACCAAGCAUUAAGAGGAAAGAAACUCCCUACUCCGGAAAAUGGGUCCUAGAGAAAGUUUAGACAGUAACACACUCGAUACUCAUACCAUUUCUACACUCAUUCAAAUCAGUAUUCCA